CAAUUCGGACAAUAAGGGAUCUGCACACGCUGCAUCAUCGCAUUUUCCUGCUAUGCCGCCGAUGGACGAGGCUGCAAGAAUUGAAUACAACAUGGCGAAAGCCGCAUUGGAGACGAGCGUUCGCCAGCAAUCAUCCUGUUGACAAACCCGCGCACUCUCCAAAAUGUUGACCCUACUGAAUCGUGUUUUUACGUCCUUUGAUCCGCCAAAAGCAGAGAAGAAAGAUGGCGCCAUCAGAUUCGGGAUUCUGGGUGCUGCUAAAAUUGCACCACUGGCUCUCAUAACUCCGGCCUUGUCGCACCCAGAAGUCAUCGUGCAAGCCGUCGCGGCCAGAGACAAAACUCGCGCGGAAGAGUUUGCAAAGAAGCAUGGUAUUCCCGAAGUCAAGAACUCCUAUGAAGAACUUCUCGCCGAUCCCAACAUCGAUGCCGUCUUCAUCCCACUUCCCAAUGGACUGCACUAUGAGUGGUCCGUCCGUGCCAUCCGAGCUGGAAAGCAUGUUUUGGUGGAAAAGCCGUCGACGGACAAUGCCACCGAGGCAGGCAUACUCUUCAACUUACCCGAGCUGUCGCAGCCCGAUGCUCCGGUCUUGCUGGAGGCUUUCCACAACCGAUUCCAUCCCGCCGUCCAGAAGUUCAUGACUUUCGUCUCACCGGCCGAUGUCGUCCACGUCUACACCGAUUCCAUGGUACCGUGGUGGUUCACGAAGAAAUCCGACCUCGAGUACAACUACAAGCUUGGAGGCGGCAGUAUCAUGGCCUUGGGAACUUACAACUUCGCUCUCAUGCGUAUGGCAUUCGGUGAAGAACCUCUGGAAUGCUUGUCUUGCGACACGAAGGUUUUCGCCGAUGGCGUCCACGAUCUGUGUGACUACACUUUCAACUCGACGUUCCGAUUUCCCAAUGGCACCGGCGAUGCGACGACUUCCCUUCGCGGUCCGCUCUUAUGGAAGCCUUCAGAGUGCCGAGUCACGCACCGGGAGGUCGCAGUGCCGGAUAAAUCGCUCCCGGAAUCUCAGCAGAAAUUCCAGACGCGCAUUACCACGCUCCACGGCUGUAUGCACGCCGUCCUCUGGCACCGUAUCGAUGUCAAGGACUCCUACGUGAUCCGCCACAAAGCUGACGGUCGACCCAUCAAGUCUUGGACCGAGAAGAGCUCGUAUAAAGCUUAUACACAUCAAGAGGCGGGUGGGGAACAUGCCGAUCUCCCAAGCGAGGCUUGGUGGAUGUCAUACCGGUAUCAACUUGAGGCUUUUGUCAACCAGGUCAAGGGCCGGAAAGCACAUUACUGGGUGAAUGGAGAUGAUUCAACCAAGCAGAUGAAGAUGGUCGAUAUGGCUUAUGAGAAGAGUGGGCUUGGACUGCGUCCGACUAGCACCUACCGCUAGUGCUGAAGAGCCAGGCUGUGAAGAUUGUUGUCUAUCGAGUUGAAUGCACAAAUUCGGAAGUCCACAAUAUCAUCACUCUUAUCCCACAUCCUAACUCAUUCGCUGUUCUGCCUCUAACCUAAGCACAAGGAACUAUCUAAAUAGAUUAUCGAUUGAAUAUACAUGUCUACCAUGAAAG